UUUACGCACCGACGUAAUGACGAAACGGUCAUAGCAACCAGCAUGGCGACGGAGAAGCAUUAGGUUACCCCCGUUUAAAUUACUCCGGAGUACAUCCAUUAAUCGUUUUUUUUUUUUGGUUUAUUUACUGCGUGGACAUGUUGACAGUGGAGUCCGCCGGAGUUCCCGCAUGUGACCGCACACUUCCGGAGCUGUUGCGGGACAAACCUGAGGAACAUGGGAUACGCUAAACUCAGCGAUGCUAUGGAGUCGAGAACAGGAAGUGUAUCAUCUGGACGAACUUUCAGCCCUGAAGUGAGAGGUCAGGCUUCAAAAACUAGUUCUUUUCAUCAUCCCUCCUCCAGCAAGCUUGCACAGUCCAUCAUCAAAGACCACAUGGUGUCUCAUUACAAAAAGAUUUACUCGGCUAAAGCGGCAGUUGAUACCUCCGUUCCCAAAAGCUUGCUGCAAAGUGUGAAAUACAAAGACCAGAUUAGGCGAGAGCAGCAGAGGAAAGAGGGGCGUCCUCAAUCUGCCUACUCCAUCCCUCGGCAUAGCAGAGCUUCUUCCUGCUCCUCAACCCACAGUAAAUUGUCUGCGCAGUAUGAUGACAGUGCCUACCUCUGCUCCAGGAGCUCCUUUCUCUCCAGCCCCAGGUUCAACACCUCCUUUAAGCCCAACGAAAUCGUUUAUCCGUCUUUUAAAGUCGGCUCCCAUCACAGACGUGCGGCAUCGGAGACAAAGUACCGGAGCCCAGAUGUAACUCUGCAAAGAAAGCACUCCGCAUCUUCAGUCGCAGCUUUGAGAGAUCAGCGUGGCUUCCAAACUUUCCAGGACCCCGUCCAGAAGACGUACAGCGGGGAUCUGCUGCAAAAACAUUCCCAGCGCUUUACUCAGGAGAAGCCUUUCACACCCAAGACACUGAAAUCAGAGAGGAGCUCUUACCUGUCAAAGUAUCGCUUUUACAGAGCACCACAAAGGAAACAUAUCCAGGAUCAAAGUCCUUUAAAACUAAAACAGGAGACGCACAAUGAAAGCACAAAAAACAUGGAGUACAGCGAAGAACUGGACGAUCCAUCUCAGGAAUAUUCUACAGAGCACGAGUGGACUGAAGAUGAGGCCAAUGACACUCGACUGAGCGGAACAGCUAAGAGCAGAGAUCGAUUGUUCGAGUCACUAAGCAGGGCUUCACCAGAAGUCAGUAAAUCUUCCGAUUUUUGUCAAUCGUCUGCAGAAGAGGAAGAGUUGAUGUAUCUUGAAUUUAUUUCUGGUGUAACAAAAGAUAUUUUGUCAAGAGGACACAUCUCUAACAGGGUCAUCGAGCGGGUGAUGAAGCGGCAUAUUGAGAUGAAUUUGCAUAAACUCGAUGAGGGUAAAAUGCACCACCUUCUGGAAGUGCUGCGUAGAGAGUUGGAAGAUCCAUCCAACACGUUCCCCUCAUCAAAAGAGGCCGAGAUAAAGGGAAAUGACCUGCUUGAUGGAAUAUUUUCCCAUCUGGACUUUGAAGGAAAGCACAGGACAGCUAAAGAAGAAGACGAUAAAGAUUCAUUCCCUUAUGUGUCAUUAACCAAACCUGGUAUUUUAACAAGCUGCACAGAUUUUUUGGCUUCAACACCUUUAGGCUCCCCUGAAAACACUACUACCUCUUCAACUAAAAUAUGGGAAAAAGAGGAUGAGAAAGUCCAAGAGGAGAGCAGAGCAGAUUUAACUUUAUCGAAUGAAGAAGAAGCUACCAGUGAUGUGAGGAUUGUCCAGAUAGACACCACUGAACGGAACGAUGAAAAACAUGAGCACACUUCUGAAAGCAGUGACACCAGCAUUCAGUCUAAAGAGGUUGACGAUCUGGGGAAAGGUCUGUCAGAGUGGCAUCUUUCCAAUAACUCUGAAACAGUAGAAAGUAACAAGGAGCAACACAAUAACUCUGUCAGCGAUGAUGAAUUUUAACUAUAACUGUGUUAUUUUUUAAACAAAAGGUCAUUUUUGAUCAUAAAGAUGUGUCAGAUAUAUAUUUUACUGUCAUUUUUCCUUGUUUACACAUUCACAAAAGCUUCUUUAGUUCUCAUUUUAUUCAACUUCACAAUUUUAAUUUUUUUUUAACUUUGUCUAACUGAGCAAAACUGUAACCCCCUUCUAACCUACAAAGCAAAGCUCUACACUUUUUUAUUCUUUCCACUCAAAAAUGUUAAACUGAUUUCUUAGUUUUGUUUUUUUAGUGGUUGUGUGGCUGAUUUAAAUGAUCCUCUGAUAUGUAGCAAAUUAAAAAUGAUUAUCACCAGAAAGUGUCUUUAAAUUAGCAAUAAAUCUGUUUUUCCUUG